GAACCUCGCCGAUGACUGAAGACAGACAGGUGAAUAAGAGGAAGUUCAAGUCCAGUCUACGUUCUGUCUCAAAGAAGAAGCGCGCGCGAUGAUCCGGAGCGAAAGGCUGAUGAAUUAAUCCGAAUCCAAUAAUCCGCAUUAACCGCAGAGACAAACCCGUCUAUAGGCUGCAGUUUGUGAAAGAAGUGUGUGUGUGUGUGUGUGUGUGUGUGUGUGUGUGUGUGUGUGUGUGUGUGUGUGUGUGUGUGUGUGGGAGAGAGAGAAGGAGCGAAAGAGAGAGAGAAGGAGAGAGAGAAAGAGAAAGAGAGACAUUAAAGCAUCAGCCAAGUCAGCAUGUUACGUGUUUAAGCUAUGGAUCGCGCGCGCGCAGGUCGUUAUCUCCGUCUCUGAUACACCGGGACCCUUAUAAUAAAAUGCUGGAAUUAGGAUUUUUUCCCCCAUCGGAAUAAAGCCUGAGAAAGCCUGCUGAGAACGCACACUGUGGAUGUGGGAUUUAUCAGAGCUGCCCUGCGUUUGCACCAAGAAGGCUGCUUCAUUUGGGGAAAUGGAACCAGCAGACGAUAAAUUAUGAAUGUUGAACAAGAUGACCUCUUACCAUCAGCACCAGAUGAUGAGAGGUCCUAGAUGGAAAGGGGCUUGGUUUGACCCUUUAUUCCUCCUGCUCUUGGCUCUGCAGUUGCUUGCAGUGGCAGGAUUAGUGAGGGCCCAGACUUGUCCCUCUGUGUGUUCCUGCAGCAACCAGUUUAGCAAAGUCAUCUGCACACGCAGAGGACUUAGGGAAGUCCCUGAUGGCAUCUCCACCAACACACGCUACCUGAACCUUCAGGACAAUCUUAUCCAGGUCAUCAAAGUAGACAGUUUCAAGCAUCUACGCCAUUUAGAGAUCCUCCAACUCAGCAAAAAUCAUAUCCGCAACAUUGAGAUUGGCGCCUUCAAUGGGCUAACCAGCCUUAACACCCUGGAACUCUUUGACAAUCGCCUCACAACCAUCCCAAAUGGAGCUUUUGAAUAUCUUUCUAAGCUCAAAGAACUAUGGCUUAGGAAUAACCCGAUUGAGAGCAUACCAUCUUAUGCUUUUAACCGUUUACCCUCCUUAAGGAGGCUGGACUUAGGGGAGCUCAAGCGUCUCUCAUAUAUCUCAGAUGGAGCAUUUGAGGGCUUAAGCAACUUGCGCUACCUGAACAUGGGAAUGUGUAACCUCAAGGAGGUCCCCAACAUUAGGCCCUUAGUUCGCUUGGACGAGCUUGAGAUGUCAGGGAACCAGCUGACAGUCAUCCAGCCUGGUUCAUUCAAAGGUCUUAUCCACCUCCAGAAGCUGUGGAUGAUGCAUUCCCAGAUCCAAACAAUUGAAAGGAACUCUUUUGAUGACCUUCAGUCAUUAAGUGAGCUUAACCUGGCUCAUAAUAACCUCACAUUUGUGCCCCAUGACCUUUUCACUCCUUUGCGCCAUUUGCAAAGAGUUCACCUACACCAUAAUCCGUGGAAUUGCAACUGUGACAUCCUGUGGUUAAGCUGGUGGCUAAGGGAAACCGUACCAACUAACACCAGCUGCUGUGCUCGCUGUAACUCUCCUACAAGCCUCAAGGGGCGCUACAUCGGUGAGCUGGACCAGAGCUACUUUCAGUGUUAUGCACCUGUCAUUGUUGAGCCUCCUGCAGACCUCAAUGUUACUGAGGGAAUAGCAGCGGAGCUCAAAUGUCGGACAAAUUCUCUGACCUCAGUCAGUUGGCUAACACCAAAUGGCUCCAUUAUGACACAUGGGGCAUCCCAAGCACGUGUCAUGGUACAAAAUGAUGGAACACUGAAUUUCACCAGUGUUACAAUGCAGGACACAGGGAACUACACCUGUAUGGUCAGCAACAUGCUGGGAAACAUUUCAGCUUCUGCAAUCCUCAACGUGACCUCCAUAGACAACAGUGGUUUUACUUACUUCACAACAGUCACUGUUGAGACCAUCGAGUCCCCAAUCGAUGGGUUGAGCAGGACCCCUGAGCAACCUUCCUUUGGCUGGGUGGCGUCAUCUACUACAAGACCGACGCCGAUUUCCACUGAGAAAGCCUACACUAUCCCUGUGACGGACAAUGAGGGAGCUCUCAACGGUUUGGAGGAGGUAAUGAAGACCACCAAGAUCAUCAUCGGAUGCUUCGUGGCCAUCACACUUAUGGCUGCCGUCAUGCUCAUCAUAUUCUACAAGAUGAGAAAGCAGCACCACCAGCAAGAUCACAAUGGGCCGACUCGCACGGUCGAGAUCAUCAAUGUAAGUGAUGGGGUUCCUGCGAUGGAGAGCCACCUCACACUUCCUCCACUGGAGCACGAGCACUACAACCAGUACAACUCCUACAAGAGAGUUUACAACCAUGCUUCGACGCUCGGCUCGCUUCAUAGCUCUGUGCAUGAACCUUUACUAAUCCAAGCCAGCUCAAAAGAUAAUGUGCAAGAGACUCAAAUUUGAAUUUCCUCGUUUUGAACUGGAAAAGUUGUUGUGUACUAACAAUGUUAUUGGCUUCAGUGGCAGACAUGUUCUGGUGAUGAAGAAGGGGAUGUCACUGAGGAUGUAUGUAUUAUUUCAACAAAUGUGUUUACAAGCAAAAAAUAUUUAUUUAAAGAUAUGUCUAGUGGCUGUAUCAAAAAAAGUGUUCAUAUCAUUUUCCUCCUCCUAAUUUUCAUUUGAAUUUGAGAUUUAGUGGAUGAAUGGUGUGCUGAAAAACAAUGCACUUGCGAAUUCAAGGUAAAAUGAUGCUUUUGGCAGCCUCCUGUGAACAAACCACAAGGUAUUACAUUCAUAAUAAUGACAUUUCUGUUGUAUCUGUGGGCAUGCUGCAGCAUUUCACUUCAUCUUUUCACAUUUUAGUGAAAUGAGUGCAAAAGAUGGCCACUAUGGACUUAAGACUGUAAAUAAUGUAGUGUAAGUAGAUGUGAUAAACCUAUCUGGUGGAUGGAGAAAAUUCAGAGAAGAAAAUCAAUUGUUUCUAUUCCCAACAAUACGAUCAUAUAUUGUGCAGCAGCAGAAAAGAAAAGCCUUCAAUACAAUGGUCUAGAUUACAUGGUGCAGAUGAUGGUCUCUGUUCAUUUCUGAGCAACUGAAUUCCCAGAGCAUACAACAUACGAGUGUAAUAAUUGGACAAAAGGUAUAAAGAUGUGUAAUUAUGUGCAUUAAAUAUAGCCUUUUCACAUGGGUAACAGGUAAGGCUUUAACUUUCAAAUCCAUUUAAUGAUCCUCGUAACAGCUUUGAAAUCACAUUGAAGCCUUUAACCACUACAUCUCACCCUAAACUUGCUUUUCAUCAUUUGUCCUUGGUCAAGUCGUUAUAAAUCCUCUGAAAGCUCAGAUCAUAUGACAACGGAAUCUUACCCACAAAAAAAGCUUAGCUGUUGUGAUAAACAGCAGUGCCAUACUUUGCAAGACAAAGCACAAUUCUUUGUUUAAUCUUGCAUGUAGCUCAUUUCCAAUUCAAUAGAAACUCCUUACUUUGCAGGUAGAAUAUUGGGUUACUGCCCAGUGCUGGUUAAGGAUCUUACACUAUAUUACCAGCGCUGUUACAUGGCCUAAGAAAGGAGUUUAUUAUGGUUUGUGUAUGUGUGUAUGCAAUGUAAUCACUAUCAUUUUAAAAUAUUAAUUGUCAUUCAAUUAACAGCACUUUUAAUUAGCAAGCACUAUCUUAAUCAUAUGCUCUGCUGCUCAUCACAUUUUCCUUUUGCCUGAAUGAUAAUAUAAGCGUGUGUGUGUGUGUGUGUGUGUGUGUGUUUGUGUGUGAGUGUGUGCGCGCGCGUACAGGGGUUCAAAAUUUUAUUUUUACUAUUACAUCUUUUAUAAUUGUGAAAAUGAGAUGUUUUUCUCAAUGUUAUGCAGAAGUGAAAUAAAUAUUCACAUCAUCAUUAAGUAAUUGAAAAAUUCGACUAAAAAUGCUGAUUCAGAGAUUCAAGUGAAAGCGUUCAGUUUGCCAGCUUGAGCUUUUGAGGAUUAUUCAGGAUUUUUAAAUGUUAAGUUAAUGAUUUAACAAUAAAAGAAUCAAUCCAACAAUAAAGUUUUUAAGGUCUUCAGGAGUUUACCAUAACAAACAUUUAAGCAGGCCAUAAACAGAUGAGGGUAAUAAGAUUUUAAUUCUUGAUUUGAUUUUAUUAGUACUGUUUUGUAUGAAAUAUUAUUUUGUUUUAAACCAUUUACUGCCAUUGGUGUUCAGAAAAGCUCCAGAAAAGAGAUAAAGAUUCAGAGAAGAGCUAAAGAUUUACUGAAUUUCUCAUGUGUACUAUAUAUUGAGUCCUAUACUUAUUUACAGUAUAUACUGUACCUGUUUGUUUAUGGCUUUUACUCUUUAGUUCCAAUGGAGUCUAAAUUCUUUGCAGGGCUUAUAAGAAUUCAUAUACGUUGAUAUGUGGAAACAAAAGAGAACCCAUUGCUUACCUUCCAGUCAAACCUUUUUUUUUUUCCAGAUAAUCUUGAAUAACUCUUACAGUCAGUGUGUACAGAAAAGAACUACACUUUGGCCAUUAACAAGAGUGACUGCGUGUGUUUGAGUGACAAAAAAUGACUUUCCUCAAUCUGCUCCAGUGCUCAUAUGACCGGCUACUACAGCUACCGAGUCUAAACCUCCCUGGCAUACGUGGCUCCCACCGUGUAUCUAUGACAUAAAGCAGAAAUCUUUUUCGUUCUGUUUUUCUUGUUGUGAUUUGUUUGUUAUUGGUAACUCAUUUUAGAUUUCUAUGAUGAAUUGAAGUGAAGAAUCCUGGUAUUUUAUCUCUUUUUGAGUGAGAGAAUAUAUGCUUCUCCAGAAGAAGAUUUCUAUACAGACUGUUUAAGCAUUAACAGCAACAUCUCUAAAUCCAACAUUAUACGUGCGGAUCAGUCGCCGAUAUUAUUGGGAUACGUAAAA